UUUGAGAGUGAUGUAGUUCUAGAUUGAACUUUGUAGCUCGUUUUUCUAGGGUGGUUGACAACGAAUGGAUUGUAUUAUCAAAAUGGAAUUUGGUGGUUCAUCCAUUUAACCUACGUCAUUGGUAUUGUUUGGCUUCUAAUCAAUUUUAAUGUAUUGUUUACCAAGAGAAAAGGGGGAAAACUUGUGAGGAAAAUUGGAAAAGAUUAUUAUACCUCUGAAACUAUCAAGAGCUUGGUUCUUUCUUGGGAGAGUAAAUUGACGAAAGUGACUUGGCAACUGUUGGGAAUACAUAGAAGUUAGGAAGAAGAUGGCGAUCUCUCGAAUGAGACAGUGAAGUCUAAACCAUUGUGGUGUUAUACUUCGUCAAGAUUUUGUGAUCGUAGAUUAUCGUUUGGAUUGGAUCGGCGUAACACAGACAAACCAAAUAGGAAAAUAUGGACAAUCUUUCAUUUUUCGUGACCAUCAUAGUUUUAGCGCUAGCCUUCUUAGUAACGACACCAGCAAGAGGAAAUGACUCAUUCUUUGGUCUUUAUAGAACUACACGUUCUGGUCCUCCUCUCGCCAUAAAUCAAAACCCCGUAUGUAGAAAAGCCCAGCUUCUGCACAGCGACGUGGUACAAAAUGCUACCCUGGAAGGUCAGCUGCACGCUGGGAAUUUCACGUUUCUCGGUGCAGUCAAAGACAUGGAAGAAUGUAUGUCGUUAUGUUGCGCCAGUAAACGUUGUCAACUGGCAUAUAUGGAUAAUGCCAAAUGUUAUGGCGUCAAGUGCUACAGCGAAGAAUUGUGCAAGAUAACAACUGGUAUCUCAACAAAUGACGUCAAGAUAUCUCUUAUGGUCAGAAACGAUAUAAAUAGAAAAGCUUACGUUACAGCAUACAUUGUCGUGGUAGUUGUAGCGUUUGGAGCCGCCGUUUCUGGUACAGUUUGGGCCGUCUUUAUUUUUGUCAGAAGAUAUCGAGAGACUGGUGGAACAAAAUCAAAAGAGGAUGAGAGCGAAGAAGGAGACAUGAAUGCCGAGCCUAAAGUUUACUGACUUAUAGAUAGAAGACACUGAAGAAAAACUUCAAAUCCAGAGGAACAAUUAGACGUUAUUUAGCAAAAGAGUCAAGGCUUCCUAAAGAGCCGACACUGUCAUGUUGUUGUGAUUCAUGACGGCAACAAUAUUAUCAAGAAAAUUAGAAAUAAUAUACUGACGAGGUCUGAUAUUUCGAUAUGAUACGAGAAGAUCUCUUGACCAAGGAAAUGAAGGGUGGUUCAGCUACCUGUUAAACAAGUUUCGAAAACUUAAUUUGAAAUCAAGAAACACUUUCAGAUAUAUGAGACGCGAUCAAUUCUUUAGUGAAGGAUUGAGAAAAAAUGGUGCUUGAAUAUCUUCCAAAUUUGACAGUUUUGAUACCGGUUUUAUUGCAAAGAGCGAGGAAACAUGAGCCAUAGACCUUUGCUGCCAACUGAGUUUGUUUCUUCCUAUCGACGAAUCAAUUAAGGCUAUAUUAGUCGUCAACUAAAUGUAAUAAAGCAAACCAAUAUUUCAAACAUAUAUAAAUGUCUGUAGAGAUGGUCAUUACCUUCGAUUGAAAUCUUUAUAAGAGGUGACCAGUCUUUAUAGGUCAAGCUGAAAGUUGACAAUCUCUCCACACGCAGAAUGUUUUCAACAUUGCUGAUCGUAGCAGGUAUCUUAUCUGAUAAGUCACUUGAUGGAAUGCCAGUCGAUCAGUCAAUCAGACACUUAGUAGAAAAUCAGACAGGACAGGUAGAAAGUUAUGGUGCAAUAAUGUCAUUUAAUUGAGAUUUAAAAAAAAAGUUAAGGAGAAAAAAAACCCGAUAGAAUAGGCUAUUUGGAUUGAAUUUAUUUACAGGAUUGAUUUUUACAGAACAAUAUUUCUCUGACGAAUUGCUUAACUAAUGACUGUCUCAAAUUACACUUCGCUAAUACAUUCAUUCAGUCGUACAUCACUUGUAACAAGUAAAUCAGGUGAAAUUAUUUCACCUGUUUUAUAUGUUAUGAUCAUGAUAGUCACCAUCACCCAGAUGUUCGGGUGGUCGUUCGGUUUCUGUUCGGAUGACUUUCGGUUUCCAUAUUGUUGCUUGGAUCGUCCUACUGUCUACGUGAAGCUACAAUACACAGCGGAGCUAACAAUUGAGUGUUGUAAAACCAGAACCACCGUAAAAUCUAUGGCCAAUCAAAUCAAAGAUAAAUUUCUUUGAGAAUCAAUGGGUGUUCGAUUUAAAAAUGUGAAAACUGCCAUAAGCGCGGGAAAUCGCUUCAGUGUGUCCAGGGCAAAAUUUUUUUCAGUUUUGCAUCGGAAAGGAUUGUACGAGGUUUCUGGACUAAUCAGAGAACAAGGUAAGGCCAUACCGAAAAUAUCCUGGAUUACUUUUGAUACUCAAUAUUAAACAGUGUCCUUACAGUAAUUUAAAAUCAAUCUGAACUACUAUUGAUGCGUCUGCGAAAUAUCUCGAUUUCUGAAGAACACCUGACCAUACCCUUGAAACCAAUAUUCGCUCAGGCACUUGAGUUAAUUCAAUUAAACUUAGACAGAAGUAAAGCAAUUUCCAAUUGAAUCUAAAGAAAAAUCCGAAAUUUUUUUGGCUUUGCUUUACUUUCGUUAUGUGAUUGGCUCAGAAAAAUAGCGCAACUUUCUUACUCGAUCAGAUUCAAAAUUAAAACAAUCGUAAAAGUCUUUUCUCGCGCUUCAAGCAGCUCGCUUCUUUUCACUUUCAGUUCUCAUUGGCUAAUGAUAAUGUAAAACUUUGUUCUGAUCGACCUUUUGGAAUUUCUUUAGUUUUGGUUUUUUAACACUGAAUUAAAAACUGCUCUGAUAGAAGUAAUUGCGACCAACUUACUUAAUAUAUCAUAUCUUCUGCAAAGUCUUAAUUACGUUACUUUUGAUUUAUCUUCGCUAUAUACUGAUAUUCUAUGUACGUAUAUAUAAUCAACUACAUUUUGGCUUGAUAUAAGAAAUUUGGUAAACCUAGAUUGGGAAAAAUGCAUAGAAUGAAUAGUCACUGUUUAUUUACACUGAUGACAGACAGUUUACCGUCCGUGAACAGUAAAAAAAAAUAUAAGUUUACCAUUAAA